GAUCUUCUUUUUGGAAAGUGCACGUUGUAUUUGCACGGGGUCGAGUCAAAUGAAGCCUUACAACCAUCAAUCCUGGAGUUUUUGAAAGCUGCACUGCCAUACUUCGAUGAGAGGCAGAUAAAUUGGAGAAAUAUCUACAUUCAAUGUGUGAUCAGGACCUUCAUAUACCAAAACAAAGGGGCUGGGUAUACGACAAAUCCCGAAAAAUGGUGCGGCAAGUUACCAAGAGCGAAACAAUAUGAUGCGUUGGACGAAGCAAGAGAUUUAUUUUCUUUCGUUUCUGACAAAGGCCAAAGUGCUGACACACUUUUGCGCUUGCUGGAGUACAAACAACUUUCUGAUCCUGAACGGCCUAAACUUUACUGGUCCCCAGAUUCUUCAGAGAAUCUGGAUCUAUUCACCGAAGGCUUGGCGUCUCCAGAUGAUUUCCGCCAAACGGUUGCUGCAAAACCGGACAAGCUAUCGGAAGACCACGAUAAAGAGCUUUCUCAACACAGCAUAGAAAACAGUGCCGUGUAUCACAAUGACGAUUUCACGCCCUCGAUGCACUCUGAAGUUUUCAGUUUCCUCAAACCCUUAUAUUCCUCUAACGACGAAGAGGAAGAUGGAGUUAGUCAAAAGCGUUCGUCCCUGAAAAGACGGUAUGGUCUCCACAUUCCUGAUGAACCCGAGACUCAUAAAACGCGAAUAAGAAGUUGGGUGUGGAUACGAUUUAACCGACAGUUUCACAGUGGCGAGGCUGAACGAUAUUUGCGCGAGUUGUCGAAUCGCCUGCAUCUGGCCUCACCGAUAACACGUUUCUUUCACGACCGAACCGGAAUAGUCCUUCAUUUCCAAGUACCGAGAGCACCUUUAUAUAAACCCGUGGCCCCAAGCCAUACAGCGAAGGAUUUCUCCCUGUCCCUGACGGUAUUUGCUUCUGUUCUGGGAUUCGUGCUGCUCCUGGGCCUUGUUUACACAAUACAUGCGUGUCAUAAAAUGCGUCAACGCAGGAUCGAGCAAAAGGCCAAUGAAGCAGUGCUUAUUGAUGUGGAACGUGGGCCGAAAAAUCGUCGAACCAUUUCGACUGAUAGCAAGAAGGAAGAUCCACUGAAAAAAUUCAAAAAUUAUUUUUCCCGGAAAUUAUUACCGGAGAAAGGAAGGCAAAAAUCAAACGAAAGGUUAAAUUCAACAAUGGAACAAUCGAAAGGUCAACCGGAAGUUCAAGAUUUCCAGAACCGCUUAACGAGAGACUCCUUCGCGUCAAGCAACCUCUUCUCUCCGGAAGCAAAACAGAAGCAACCGUUUAGAAUGAUACAACACGAUUCGAUCGGAUCACAGCGGAGCAGCACCUCAUCGUGGUCAAGUGAACCGGUUUCGUGUGGGAUCGACCUGACCAUAGGGCACCUCAUUUUGUCGUAUAUGGAAGGGUACCUAGAAGAUGAGGAUAGGCUCACAGCAGACUGGAAUGCUGUUAAUGCCUAUACGGCCGAAGAAGCCACUCCGUGUGUACGUGCACAGAAACCCGAAAAUCUCCUGAGAAACCGCAUCGUUGCGCCACUUCCAUACGAGCAAUCGUGCGUGAAACUUAGAAAUUCAGACAACGACUAUAUCAAUGCCAGUCUACUGUAUGACCACACUCCACGCAAUCCGGUCUACAUUGCCACUCCAACUCCUUUGAUGGAGUCAUUGGCUGACUUCUGGGAGAUGGUGUGGGAACAAAGCAGCGUUGUAAUUGUCUGUCUGGAGCGCACGAACGAACUAAAGCAGCCUGCAGAGCUUACAAGUGCCCCGGAAAUGACGGACGUCUCUUUACAAUACUGGCCAAAUGAAGGUAUCCAAACUUACGGGAGUUUCGAGGUGCAUCUAGUAUCGGAGCAUAGCUCCUGUGAAAACUACAUAGUACGUUCAUUCUACCUGAAGAACUUGGCUACUGGAGAGACGCGCACAGUGACCCAGUUCCACUACCUGACCUGGAUAGACUCGAAUUUAAAGGCGCAAGUCAAACCACUGUUGGAGUUCAGACGCAAGGUCAAUCGUUCUUUUCGCGGCUUGAUGAGUCCCAUCGUCGUCCAUUGUAUUGACGGUUCAGGAAGAACUGGUACAUACAUUCUGCUGGACCUUGUACUAAAUCGUAUAGCGAAAGGCGUAAAGGAGAUCAAUAUUGCUGCUUCACUUGAGCACAUCCGUGACCAACGUCAGGGAAUGGUGCAGAACAAGGAACAGUACGAAUUCGUUUUCAUGGCUGUCGCCAAGGAGGUAGAUGCAAUGUUGAAGGCGAGCGGUCAAAACAGCUGAAUUGUCAUCUCCGUACCCGCGAGACUACCAAAUCCAAAAACCUGAUCAAAUUCAAACAAAACCUGAUGGUGCAAAUAAACCAUGCAUUUCACAU